CAUUUAUAUACACCAUCGGAAAGUGAGCAAAACCUGAAGAAGUUAAGCGAGGUACAGUGGUGACCGUCGUUGGAAAUGGCCGGUAAAGGAGGAGCGACUCCGGCGACAUACUCGCCGUCGCCGACGACCGAUAAAAAGAAACCACCGCUUCUCAAGGAAGAUUGGGUUCGGCCCGAUGGCCGCGGUUUCCACCAGUGCAGACCUGCGUUUUUCAGGACUGGUGCUGUGAAUGCUGCAUCUGGAUCUGCUUAUGCUGAGUUUGGAAAUACCAAGGUCAUAGUAUCUGUAUUUGGGCCAAGAGAGAGCAAGAAGGCGAUGAUUUACAGUGAUAUAGGACGUUUGAAUUGUAAUGUUAGCUUUACAACUUUUGCAACUCCAGUUCGAGGGCAGGGUUCAGACCACAAAGAGUACAGUACGAUGCUUCAUAAAGCUUUGGAGGGUGCAAUAAUACUGGAAACUUUCCCCAAAACAACGGUGGAUGUUUUUGCAUUGGUGCUGGAAUCUAGUGGCAGUGAUCUCCCAGUAGUUAUAUCAUGUGCUAGCCUUGCCCUGGCAGAUGCUGGAAUAAUGAUGUAUGAUCUUGUUGCCUCAGUUUCUGUGUCAUGUUUUAGCAAGAACCUUGUUAUUGACCCUAUUUUGGAGGAGGAAAACUGCCAAGAUGGUAGCUUAAUGGUCACUUGCAUGCCUUCUCGCUACGAAAUCACCCAGCUUACCAUUACUGGGGAAUGGUCCACUCCAAAGAUUAAUGAGGGAAUGCAGCUGUGUUUGGAUGCUUGUGCAAAACUUGCAAAGAUUAUGAGGUCGUGUUUGAAAGAAGCUGCUUCGGGUUCCCAGGAAUAGAAUAACAGUACAAAAAAUUGACACGGAUCACAAGAUAUGCUGUUAUUUUUUUUCUGUUUCUACCUCACUAUUAAGAUAAUUGUGUUUUGAAGGAGGUAGACAGAUGUGCUUUGCAUGUCCAGAAAAUUUUGUGCUCAUGAGCUUGUCGAAGAUAAAUUAAAAAUUAUUCUUACAGCAAGAGCAAUAUGCAUGUCACAGUUUGGCAAGUCAA